GUGUUCUGUGACAUCCGCUGAGGACGUGGUCUCCUGGUUGGAUGAGGAUGUGAUCGACUACUACCAGUCACAUGCCACCUCCCCCGAAGGACAACAUCUACGACAGGGCUGGGACGGCUCUCCUGAGGAGCUGCCCGGGAUCUAUCGGCAGCAGGCCUUCUUGACGGCUGCCUACGUCUACGGCGAUGCGGAGGUCGAGGAAGGUGUCUGCGUGACGCCCAUUGCCCCGAAAGCCUCUUCGUCUUCGACUACUUCCUUCACUACCAGCCACCACAAGGCUCAGUUGUCAGAGUCGCUAGCAUCGUUGCUUCUCAAGCGAAAGGACUUCGACCACGACACUUGCCUCCAGCUGCUUCAGGUGGUCAACUUUCAAGGCGUGAGCCGAGACUGUCUGUCCUACAGCUACCCUGGAGCCGGCUCGUUGACCAUGGGCUACUACAGUCAUGGCCGGCAGCAUGGACUUACGAAGGCCACGGAGAGGCAUCGCCUUCUGACAAAGUACCUCAAUGCCUACUUGAGGUGCCACGGCCUUCGAGGGAAGACAAGCAGCAUUUUCGUGGGCCGAAAUAUCCGGAGUCGGUACCACAAAGAUGUUCACAACUCCAAGGAGUCGGUGAACUGGAGCAUCGCUCUGGGAGAGCACGUUGGCGGCCGUUUGUGGGUCGAGGCCGACUAUGACGCAGCCAACCCCCAGGACUACGUGAAGCGCUCCAUCAAGGGCAAAAGGGUGUCCGGCAAGUAUGUCGACAACUACAGGAAGUUGGUCGCCUUUAACCCGGAUGCCUACCAUGGUACUGAGGAGUACGUGGGCGACCGGUAUGUCAUCACUGCCUACAGUACCAGACUGGCCGACGAGGCUCCGCCCGAUGCCGUGAAGGUGCUGACCAACCUGGGCUUCAAGCCCAAGAAUAAGCAGGUCGCCUUCGUGACCACUUCGCAGCCUUCGGAGCCUCCGCAGAACGAGAAGGUCCUCUCACCACUUUGGGAGGUGUUUCCUACGAAGGAGCAGACCGCUGCAGGCCAGGAAGCGGAGAAGGUCAUAGCCAUGGAAUCUUCUUCGGACGAGGACGGCUGCGACGGUAGCACCGGCUAUGGCGCUCGGCGAGCAGCCCAGCAGGCCAGGAAAAAGGAAGUCCAUUGGCAAUCUAUGACCGAGGAUGAGGUCGGCCCCUUCAUCGAGGCAUUGCGCAAGGAGUGGAGCGAAUGGCAAAAGUGGGCAAGCUGUUCUCCUGUUUACCUUCAAGAAGGCUCGGUGGCGAGGGUCGUGGUGGCGGGGUUCCGUGACCCGCAUUUGCCAUUGCUGACCAGGGAUGCGCCGGUGUUGGCACGCACAUCCUUACAUCUGAUCUUGCAGUGGUCAGUAACGUUCCGAGCCAAACUCUGGAAUGCGGAUGCGAAGUCGGCAUUUCUACAGGGAGAUCCUGAUUCAGAACGUCCGGAGCCCAUCUUCAUGAAACCUCCUCAAGAUCCCUUGGCUCAGGAGGCAGUUCCGGAAUGGAAGGCCAAGACCUUGCUGUAUCGCUUGUCGGCCCCGGUAUAUGGGCAAUCGAAUGCCCCGAGACAAUGGUACAACCAUUUCUCGCGAGUUCUACGGGACUUGCAGUGGGAAUCCCACAGCCUCGAUCCGUGCCUUUUCCUGUUCCGCACGGACAACAAGGUCGUAGCCAUACUGGGCCUGCACGUCGACGACCUGUUGAGUUGUGCCCUUCCAGGCUACGAAGAGGUCCUGAACAAGGUUGAGGCCCGAUUUACCUGGGGUUCGCCGUGGACCAGCGAGGACUUCACCUUCGUCGGUCGACGCAUCAAACAGUGGCCAGACGGCUCCAUCACGGUCGACCAGGCGUCCUACGUCGAGGAGGUCCCCUCCACCAAGGUGAAAUUGGACGACGCCGAGUUCCUCAGCAAGUACCCCGAGCUGGUCACGGAGUUUAGGUCCGGCAUCGGAUCGUUGCAGUGGCUGGCCUCUACGACAAGAGGCGACAUUGCCAGCGACGUGAGCCUGAUACAGAGGCCUCCGUCACAACUUACGGUGGCGGAUCUCAAGGAGGUGAAUGCGGUGCUGAGGUAUGUCCGCGCGACGGCCGGGGCGUCGAUCAAGAUCACGCCGAUCGCGGUGGAGGAGCUCAUCUUCAUCGCCUACGGUGACUCUGGCUUCGCCAAUGCUCCGGGCAGCAAGUCACAGGGCGGUUUAGUGAUAACCGCCACGGACAAGCAGGCCAAGGUCCAGGAGCGCCCAGCGUCCUUGCUGGAGUGGAAAAGCUAUCGCCACCAGCGAAUCUUGCGAAGCACCCUGGCGGCCGAAGCGGCAGCUCUUGAUCGAACACAUGAUCAUGCACAUUUUCUUGCGAUGACUUUCAGUGAAAUGUGCGAUGCCGCCUUCAUUUCGACCCUCAACGACCGGCCGCUCUUCGAGGUGAUCCCGGUGACGGAC